AUGGCCUCUAAAGACUGCCUCGCUACCACACAGGUCCCUAACACUGCUGGGACCCUUGUAGACAUGGCGCUGAAAAUGGUGACGCAAUGCCCGGCGGGGGUCGGGGGGCGUCACUGCGGCUCUCGGGACUGCAGAGGAGGCGCGGCGGGGGGCGAGGGGCGGGGGGCGGAGCUGGGAGGGGCGGGGGGAGGCAGAGGGGGGCGGGGUGCGGAGCCACAAGUUGUCGCUGUUGCAUGCAGUGCGCCACCCCCUCCCUCCCUCCCCCCGGCUGGCGUGGAGGAGGCGGGGGGCAGCUGGGCAGGGGAGGCGGCAGGUGGCCAUUCAACAGUGGCUGUGGGCUGCCCCGCCCCCGCGCCGCCCCCCUCACGCCCCCGCCCCAUGUCCCCACGCUGCCCAGGCGCCCCCUGUGGCUCAGUGCACACCCUGGCCAGCCCGGGGGUCGUCGCACCCUGGGGCGCCGCCCUGGGGCAGCGGGGGCACCAAGACGCCCAGGAACAAAAUCCCAGGGUGGGCGAGAUGCGGCAGCCUUGGCCCCGCCCGCGCCCCGCCCCGCGCAGGCGCAGCUCCCCCGGCCGGUCCCCAGCAGUCCCCCGUGGCACCCCUGGGGCCGCGCCCUGGAACACACAGGCCCCGUGGGUGCCCUUGGCUCGUGCCCCAGGGCGUGGGCGGCAGGGCAGCGUUCCUGAGGCAGGCGUAGUGCGUGGGCGGGGCCUGGCGAGGCUGGGGGGCGGGGCGCGGCGUGGCGGGGGCGUGGCGCGGCGGGCCGAGGCUAUAAGAGUGGGUGGCGGCGCGGGCGUGCAGCAGUGUCGCGGUGCGGGCCGCGCGUCAUGGCUGAGUGAGGGUGCCAUGCCCCGCUGCUUCAUGGCCAAGAAGGCGGGGGCGCCCCUCCCCGUACCCAGCCCCUACCAGGGACAAGUCGCCCCCACCGGAGGGACCCCGCGGCGCGUGGACCCCGCGAUCACCCACGGCGGGGGAAACGGCCCCCUCCCCCCGCCCUCCCACGCCACGGCCCCCCACCACCACUACCCCCUGGACCUCCACGUGCCCCCGCCCCCCCACCACUACUACCCCGCACCGCCGCUGGACCUGGGGCGGCCGGGGCAGGGGGCGGCUACCCCAUGUACCCCCCGGGGCCGCAGGGGCACCCCGAUCUCCGCCCCCGAGGCAAGGGGGAGGGGGGACAGGGUGGUGGAGGUGCACAUCCCGGAGGUAGCCAGGCCAGACCCCCAGCGCCCCCCGCCCCCCCACGCCCCGCCAGGCCCCUACCAGCACCCCCCCGUCACCCUGCUGUACGGCGGGUACAUGGCGGACCCCCGCGGCUACAGUCCCCCCGGGCCGGUGGCGCUGCCCCUCACGCCCUCCCCUGACGGCCACGGUCGGGCCCUCACCCCCCACGGAGGGGCUGGGGGGUCUGGUGUCCCUGGCGCCGCUGUGUCCGCACGACGCGGCAGCCCGCGGCGCUGUACGACCGCCCCCCCCGAGGACCUGACCACCGCCCACGCCAUCCUGGACCUGUCCACCGCCCGCGUGGCCGAGUACUCCCCGCCCAACACGCCGCCCUCGCCCCACGCCCCCCUCGACUACCCCCCGCACGCCCACCACACCCACCACGCUCACCCCGCGCCCCCGCCCGGCCCGCCGCCCUACCACCUGCACGGCGGCGACGCCCCGCUGCUGGAGCGGCCGCCGGAGAGCACGUCGCCCAAGACCGCGGCGUGCACGGUGGCCUACACGUACGAGGCGUUCUUCGUGAGCGACGGCCGCUCCAAGCGACGCGGCGCAGAGAACAGCGAAAAGCCGCGGUACACGUGCUCCGAGUGCGGCAAGCACUACGCCACCUCGUCCAACCUCUCGCGCCACAAGCAGACGCACCGCGACCUGGACUCGGGCAGCGCGCGGCAGUGUCACGUGUGCGGCAAGGCGUACGUGAGCAUGCCGGCGCUGGCCAUGCACGUGCUGACGCACAGCCUGACGCACCGCUGCGGCGUGUGCGGCAAGGCCUUCUCGCGCCCCUGGCUGCUGCAGGGACACAUGCGCUCCCACACGGGCGAGAAGCCCUUCGGCUGCGCCCACUGCGGCAAGUCCUUCGCAGACCGAUCCAACCUGCGCGCGCACAUGCAGACACACUCCCAGCUCAAGAACUUCAGGUGCAAACGCUGCAACAAGUCCUUCGCCCUCAAGUCGUACCUCAACAAGCACUACGAGUCGGCGUGCUUCAAGGACAUGCCGCUGCCACCCUCGUCGCCGGAGCCGCAGGAGGGGGAGGCCAGUUAGUAGUCCCCCCCCCCGGGCCCGCCUGUACCGUACAAACCCGCCGUCCCGACCCACCACCAGGCCGCCGCCGCCCGCGCCGCCCGCGCCGCCGGGACGGCCCCCGGGCGGCGCGCCGCUGCCAUGAUCAAAAGCACGCUGUUAUAUUCCCGUUGUUGACGCUGACGCCUGACGGCCGACGCCCGUGUUCGGCGGCCAAGACGAUGCUGUCCUCAAGAUUCUCUCGCAACUCCCACCCUGCGGCGCGCGAGAGGCCGGGGGGGGCGCCGCUCCCCCCGCCGCGCACUGUUGUUAGCCACGUAUUGUUAACGUUACACUUCUGUUCCCGUUCCGGCGGCGCGACGCGUGACGCCGCCGCCGAGUUUCACAGACAACGAAGCCUCAACGAGCCGCCGCCGCCGCCGCCGCCGCCGACGCCGCCGCCGCCGCCGCCGCCGCGCCCCCUCGGCGGGCGGCGCCAGUCCCUAGGUAGCCAGACGACCAUCUCAAUACUGCAUAGCUAUAAGUAUUUUUUCAGAUCUACUAAAGCCAAAUAAUAGAUUAUAUUCGAUCGUAGUGUAGGCGCUUCCAGGAUUCUCUCCUCGGUUCCCUUACUUAUUUCCGCGAGGGGGGGCGCUGCCAGGGGCGGGGGGGCGCCGCGCCCACCGGCCGUGAGGCUGGCAGGGGGGCGGCGAGGCGGAGCUGUACAUAGGGCCCGCCGUCCCCCGCCAGCCCGCGGUCAUCAUAACACACGUGCCCUGCCGCCCUGCAGCCUGCCAGCCCCCCUCUUGCCUGGGGGGCGGUGGGAGUGGAGCGGCGGAAGGAGGGGCUGCCACAACACCCACACACGUGCUCUAGCAAGACGUGGGGCGCAACACACUCCAACACACACCAGCACACUGCCCACCAAACCCCAACCACAGCCAAACACACUCACGCGCACACCCCCACACACGCAAACACAUCCCUGCACACCCACCACACACACACACACACACACACGCACACACACACAAAUAACCCCAACACACACAAUACCCAACCCCCUAAACCCACAAAAAACACACACAACACCAAAAAACACAGAAAUAAAACAAAGACGCCCUUUUUAUCAUGCGCCCUUAAAAAAAUACUCUUGAAAAAAUAAGAGGCAAUAAAAAAAGAAAAUUAGUAACAAUCCCUUAAAUUACACGAAUAUUAAGGGAAUUUUAAGUGGGUCGCCGCCCCCCCCAUAACCCCACGCCCCUGAGAACGCCCCCCCUUCGCAAGUUUAAAUGUGCUCUAGACGAGUUACAUAAGCGGCAGAAAUACUUAAAUAGUUAGUAGUAUUAAAUCCGUAGUUAACUUUACCACUUAAGAGACAGCUGGUUAUGAUGAUGAUGAUGAUGAUGAUGAUGGUGAUGAUGAUGGUGAUGAUGAUGGUGAUGAUGGUAGUUAAAAUAAAAUAAAAGAGGAGUUUGUGAUGGUGAGGUGUGUGGCAUAAAUUGAGGUGGUGAUGGUGGUGGUGGUGGUGGUGGUGGUGGUGGUGAUGGUGGUGGUGAUGGUGAUAAAUUGUGUGUGUGUGUGUGUGUGUGUGUGUGUGUGUGUGUGUGUGUGUGUGUGUGUGUGUGUGUGUGUGUGUGUGUGUGUGUAGUAUUUUAUUCAUUUUUCGUACACACACACACACACACACACACACACACACACACACACACACACACACACACACACACACACACACACACACACACACACACACAAUUCAUAGUUUACAAUCAAAUAAAAAGACAAAUGCAACGAGAGAGAGAGAGAGAGAGAGAGAGAGAGAGAGAGAGAGAGAGAGAGAGAGAGAGAGAGAGAGAGAGAGAGAGAGAGAGAACUUACACAACACACAACACACACGCACACACACACACACCUGCCAUUUAAACCUCACACGGGAACGAUGAAACGCCAAGAAGAAGAAGAAGAGGAGGAGGAGGAGGAGGAGGAGGAGGAGGAGGUAAAGGUUGAAGGACAGACUCAACCAAAUAUUUUAUGUUCGCCAGUCUGUAAUGUCACGCUGGUAUUUGAAGACUAGGAAAACCUCCUCCUCCUCCUCCUCCUCCUCCUCCUCCUCCUCCUCCUCCUCCUCCUCUUCCUCUUCUCUUCCUUCUGCUUCCCUUACCUUUCAUCUGCUAUCAGUAAUCUUUCUUCUUAAACCUAUUUCUUGUUCUUUUUUUCUCUCACUAUCAAAACUAUUCUCUCUCUCUCUCUCUCUCUCUCUCUCUCUCUCUCUCUCUCUCUCUCUCUCUCUCUCUCUCUCUACCACAC